AUGCGAGCAGCAAAUGUCGCAUUGGUGGUUGUCAUACCGCUGGUAUUUCUGGUCGUACUCAAUUCUAUGCUGAUGUAUUAUGUGAAGAAACGUUCAUUCUUCCCUCAUGAAUCGCUCAGUAAAGUGACACGACGUAUGCAACGAGAAGGUCAAGCAAAGCUGCCCUUCGUUGCCACGCUAUUUCGACGGCACAGUGACCAGCUUAUUCAACAAAAGAUGGAGCAUCGAGUGGCAGUGACGGUAUGCGCUGUUGUUACAUCGUUCACGAUUACUCAGGUAAUCUUCAAGUACAUGAAGAAUUUGUCAGACCCCCAAAAACAACCAAAUACUACUAUAUUCCUAUUCCUAUGCUUUGGUUGA